UUUCAUAUAAACAAAAUUUAGGAACUAUUAAAUAUGUUACUUGAAAUUAGGAUUCCUUAAAAUAAGAUUAAAUUUUCUUAUUUUAUACAUAUAUAAAUCUUUUUUAAAUUAUACAGAUUAAAAUUUAUGAUUUAAAUACACCCCGAAGGUGCUUUGGAAUAAAGUCACAAAUCAGAGAAAACUUAUAUCAAGUUACCGAAAUACUUAAAAUCAUUGUAAACUAUUUUCUAAAUGCGAGUGAAUUACAAACUGUAAUACUUGUCAACAAAAUUAUUUCAUGAUGAAUAACACGAAAAAGAUUAAUGUAAAUUUUUCAUCCCUCGUGGGUUUAAAAGCGGAACUUUUAAAAAAGCAGCAUGAAGUAAAUGAAGCAAAAUUGAAAUCAGAAAUAGAUCACACAGUAUCGAAGUUACAAAAGAAAAAAUCCAAGAAAAUUGAAAAGGAGUCUAGAAAGGAAAAUUCAAAAAUGCCAGAGUACAUUGAGGAUGUUGGUACUCAUAAAAAAUCAAAAUUAAUGUUGGAAGCAAAAGCAAGAUUAUAUGACCGAUUAAAAAAAUCUAGAACUACUAAUGAGAAUUUCCUUGUUGAUUUUACAAACAAAUCAGAUGAAUCUGAGGAAGAAUCAUUGUCAAAAGAUGAAACUGACCCAAUAUUAGAAAAUGAGGAUGACUGGGUAGAAUACGAGGAUUGUUUUGGACGUACAAGAAAAUGUUUACGCGAAGAUUUGUCCUUGAUGCAGGAAAAGGAUCAAUUGAUCAAACAACAAAUUAUAACCAAAAAAGGAAUUGAUCCAAAAACCAAUGAUAUUAUUGACCAAAACUAUGUUGAGGGAGAGAAAGAACCUGAAAUAGAAAUUAUGAGAAGAAAGUGGGAGGAACAAACACAGAAAUUAGCAGAUAAAGUAAACAUACACUACCAAGAUAUUUUAUUUGAUGAAGCUAGAACUCAUGGUGUUGGUUACUAUGCAUUUUCACAAGAUGAGGAAGAAAGAAUCAAACAACAGGAGAAUUUGUUCAAUUUAAGAAAAGAGACAGAGAAGAAACAGAGGGAGAUAAAAGAAUUGAAAGAAUUGAGGGAGAAAAUGGAACAUAACAGAUUGAAAGCGGCUAAAAUUAGACAACGUAUUAGAGCAGGAUUACCUAUAGAUGUAGUAGAAGAGGAGUUUAGAGAAAAGAAUGAUAAUGUAUCUAAUCAAAAUGAAUCAGGAAAUGUACAUAAUGCAGAAGAGAAUUUAAUCGAAAUUGAAGAAAAAGAAAAUAGUGAAAGCCAGAUUAUAGAAAGAGAUAAAGAAAUAGAAAAAGAAAAUAAAAUAAAAGCUUUAGGAGAACUUCUAGGCAAGAGAACUCAUUGGUAUGAGAUGUCUCAGGAAGAAUGGGUUCAUAAAUGUAGGAAAAUAAGAGUCACUGAAUUUGGACCAGUAUAUGAAAAUUUUAGAAGUGCUGGUUAUUUGAAUCCUCAAAAUGCAGAUACAGUUUCAAGUAUUAGUCAUAAUAAUGACAAAUCUCAUUCAUAUGAAAUGAAUGAUACAGAAAGCAGUAAUGAAAUAAAUAUAGAUUCUUAUGAUAUACCACUCCCCCCUAGCUUAAAUACAAAUGAUUACAAUACUGAGCAUAAUAAUUUGACUGAAACAAUAAAUCAGAAUAAUUUCGUUCAGUCAGUUGAUUCAAAACAAUACAACUCUAGUAAUACAGUGCAAAAUCAGAUGAAACAAAAUAGGAGCAUAGAUGAAGCAAGUAUAGCAGCUGGUCUCAAAUACUUGAGAGAAAAAUUUGAAAAAAGUCAGAACACUUAAAGCAUUUACAAACUGAUUUAUACUAUUUUACUAUACAUACUUGUAAAUAUAAUGUAUUGUAUAUACACGUGUAUCGUAUAGAAUACUAAGAGUAUUUGUGAUAAUAAAAAAUUUAUUUACAAAAAUAA